AGUAGUAGUAAAUAUUGACAUGGUGUCAGCUGAUCACCACUCACAUGACAGCAAUCAGCUAGUUUUGCGUGCUACUUCUCAACUUCCAUGCCAUUUAGUAGUUCUAUUUCAAGGUUUUGAUCUUAAAAACUGCGUCGGAGUGAUCAGUCGUCAUUUAAAUGUGUGAUACCUUAAUGUAGCUUGCUGGCAGACUUGUUCAUUUGCAAUCGAGGGCCUUCCAACUGGUUUGGCUGCACCGUUAUCCAGCAGGGCAUGUGGGAAAAUGGAUAAGAUUGCUAAAGAUGUUGGUGACAUCCAAUCUCGACUGAUAGACCAUAGACCCAUCACCCAGGGAGAGAUUCGCUACUUUGUGAGAGAAUUUGAGGAGAAGCGAGGUUAUCGCGAGGGACGACUACUGGAGAACAUCAACAAGAUGGUAGUUGAGGCCAACGAACAAGUGAUGCCCAAGUGUUUACAGGGGAUGCACGAGCACCUUUUUGAUGUCAGCACAAGACUGGAGGCUGCCAAUCACAUGGCUCAGAGAGUCCAGCAGAGGGAGCUAGAUGCACACCAGCUUUCGCUUUCUCACCUCAUGAUGUCAUCCUCCUCCGCCUCCUCCUCCUCCUCCUCCUCCUUCUCCUCCUCCUCGCCCAGCGCGCCCAGCUGCAGGCGGGCUCCGGGCAGGACAAGGAGGCCUGGGAGGAGUUCCUGCGGGAGCAGCAGAGGCUGAAGGACCAGGUGGACGAGGAGCACGCCAAGGCCGUGGGGCGCCUCAGCACCCAGUACAGCGAGAUGAAGAAGGACCUGGAGAAGAUAGCUCCCUUCUAGGGACCUUCCGCCUUUAAUGGAGGGGGGGUUGAAGGAUAUGCUCAUAGUGCAGAAUGCUCCUCUUUAUCUUGCUUUGUGUGUGUGUGUGUGUGUGUGUGUGUGUGUGUGUGUGUGUGUGUGUGUGUGUGUGUGUGUGUGUGUGUGUGUGUUGUGUGUGUGUGUGUGUGUGUGUGUGUGUGUGUGUGUGUGUGUGUGUGUGUGGAGGGGGUUAAUAUAUCUGAUGCAGGUGAAAACCGCUCCGCCUGUCAGAAGAGACUGUGGCAGCCACAAAUGCAGUAUAAAGCCUUUGGCCAUGCAACCAAAGGCAACAUUUUGUUAAUAAAAAAAGAAGUGUGAAGUCGACAGUGUCAGAUUGACGGGGCAUCAAAUACACUGUCUUGUGCACAUGGAAUUAAAAAGGCAUGCUAAUGAU